AUGAACACAAGUGCCAGCACAACGGUCGAUGUUGAUGCAAGUGUUGAUGCAAGUGAAGAAGAAACAGCUAUUGAUACUUCAACAACCAUCACUACAAUUGACAAUGAUAUUUUGAAUAUAAACGAUGAAAAUGUUAAAAAACCACAAAAGAAAAAGAAAAGAUACGAUCCAUGGAACACAAAAGGAAAGUCGUUAUCAUCAUCAAAAUCAAAAGAGAAACAAACAAUGACAUUAUCAACAACAGAUCUAAAAGAAGAACAAAUUCGUCUUAUUGCCAGAGAUAUUCCAUCGUCAUCCAAUCAAGACAACAUCGAAAUGGCAACAAAACUUGUUAAUAAAAAUGGAAAAGAUUUUAUGCCUGAAAUAGUAGCAGUGACAGUUGAAAUUCAAUACUGUUUACAUUUACGAUCUUUUCCAUUUUUAGCUGUUGACGAGUUUAUGAAUACAGACUCAAUUGUCAGAAAUGAAGACGAUGAAUUAUCGACGUUAUCCGUUAUUCAUCCACCAUCAACACUGCGAUCAAAUUUGCUUUUGGUAGAAGAAGCGAAUCAACACUAA